AUGCCAGUAAAACCGCCUUCACUACCAAAUACCACGAUUCUAAACAAGGAGCUCUUCUCGUGUAUCAUCAAUGUAACGGCUUUGCGUAUUCCAGCUCAACGUACAAGUCAAUUGGUUGCUGCACUUCGUGGAACUGUGCUGCGAGAAGCAGGCAUCAAACCAGUCAUUGACAUUCCAAGUCACUCUACUGAACGAAUGUUGUUACUUGACCCGGAUGUCGUGCGAGAGCCAAAUGUCCAGACAAUGUCCCAAGCUCUUCAACAAGUCAUUGCUAAGGAAGGUGCUGUGGUCACUCCUUACGAGCUUCAUUUGACGUAUGAAGAUUGGACUUUUGAACAAGUCAUUCGAUCAGUGUUGCCCACCACAAUGGACGUUCCUUCGUCUUUUGAGGGAGUCGGUCACAUAGCUCAUUUCAAUUUACGGGAUGACUAUUUGCCAUAUAAGAACCUUAUAGGUCAAGUCUUGCUCGAUAAAAACAGACAUCUACGAACAGUAGUCAACAAACUAGAUUCAAUUGAUCACACUUUCCGGUUCUUCAAAAUGGAGGUAUUGGCUGGCGAUGAUGAUUUUAUGGCUGAAGUGCACGAAAGCAAUUGCAAGUUCCGCUUCGACUUUUCGAAGGUGUAUUGGAACUCUAGAUUACAGAUGGAACAUUCAAGGCUUUUGAGUUUCUUCAAGCCUGGUGAUAUUAUAUGUGAUGCAUUCGCUGGUGUAGGCCCAUUCGCCAUUCCGGCAGCCAAGAAUCAAAAAUGUACAGUGUUUGCUAGUGACUUGAAUCCUAAUUCAUAUGAGGCUCUAGCUGAGAAUGUUCAGCUAAAUAAGGUAGAAGAUAAAGUCGCAGCAUACAAUAUGGACGCACGUGAAUUCUUUGCCUUUUCAUUGCGAGAAUUGAAUCGUGCUGAUUUACGAGUAUCAAUGGCAUCAAAAGCACCGAAACCAAGUGUGAGGAGAUCCAAAGCGCAAAAGACGUCGGCCGAUAAUAGCUCGGCGCCAUCCCAGAUUGCUACUGAUGCGGCCAAGAAAACGGAGGAGAGUCAAGUAGAAACAAAUGGUGGUAAAUUGCGGUGGUUUAAUCACUAUGUGAUGAACCUCCCUGCUGCUGCGGUUGAGUUUCUAGAUGCCUUCCGUGGACUCCUAUCUGAAUACAAGGAUCAGAUACCAACUGAAAAGCUCCCGAUUGUGCAUUGCUACCUCUUUACGAAAGGACAAGAGGAGGCCGAGAAGGAUGCUGUCGAGAUGGUCAGCAAGAAUCUUGGAACACAACUACUCCCAUCAGAUAUAAUCAAGAUACACCGCGUUCGUGAUGUAUCUCCAAAGAAGGAAAUGUUUUGUGUUUCAUUUAGGCUUCCUGCUUUGGUUGCUUUUGCAGACAAGUGA